AUGGAUUUUACUAAUAAUGAAUUAGAUUUUCGGCCGAUUGCUUCAACAUCUUCAGAGUCUAAAACGCGGUUUUCUCAUCUUUAUUCAGUUCAACUUAAACAACAUCAAUGCCCUAUUGUAUAUACAAAUGAAUACAAUAUUAGCUUUUUUGGAAUUGAGAGGUUACAUCCAUUUGAUUCAAAAAAAUGGGGAAGAGUUUUUCAAUUUCUUGUUGGUGGUUCCAUUUUAGCUGCAAAAUUAGCACUUCAAUAUGGUUGGGCAAUUAAUAUUGGUGGCGGUUUUCACCAUGCUUGUAGUGAUACAGGAGGCGGUUUUUGUGUUUAUGCUGAUAUUACUUUAGCAAUUAAAAUUUUAUUUGAGGAUGGAUUGAUUAAAAAAGCAAUGAUUAUUGAUUUGGAUGCUCAUCAAGGUAAUGGACAUGAAAAUGAUUUUAUUAACGAUAAUCGUGUUUAUAUUAUGGAUUUUUACAAUGAACAAAUUUAUCCUAAAGAUGGACCUGCAAAAAAAAGUAUUUCAAGGGCAAUUCCUCUUCGAAUUGGAACGAGCGACGAGUAUUACCUUUCUCGAUUAGAAAGGGAAUUGAAUGAGGCAUUCUCUGAAUUUACUCCUCAUUUGGUUGUUUAUGUGGCUGGUACAGAUUCGCUUUCUGGUGAUCCUUUAGGGCUUUUGAGAAUUUCUUCUAAGGGAAUUAUUCGACGAGAUGAAUUAGUAUUUAAAGCAACUAAACAACGUGAAAUACCUAUUGUUAUGUUAACUAGUGGAGGUUAUUUACAACAAACAGCUAGGGUUAUUGCUGAUUCAAUAAUUAAUUUAAAUUCGCUUGGCCUUAUUGAACUUAAAUAA